AUGGCCGACCCAGCGUGGGGGACGCUAGUAUCGCUGUCCGAAGAGGAGACGACACGAACCUUCUAUCGUACGGAGCCAUUGCCAACUCAAAAUCGCUGGCCUCUCGAUCAACAACGCCAACCAGCUGCGUUGCGACGCCAGCCGUGUAGUGACGACAAUGCGAUGCAUCAUCCUCUUGGUGUACGGAACGCCGCCGGCUAUCCGACGGUUCCCUUGUCAGUCCAGCACAGUGAUGUAUCACCGCUACUUGUGGAAAUUCCUUCGACAGAUAACAAUGACUGGCGUCAACUGCAACAGCAGCGGGAGUUGUUGGCGCAGGAGCAACAACAAAAGCAGUGGGAUAUGCAGCUACAUUUGCAGGCUCAGAUGCCGAGAGGGCACAAGGUGCAGAACCAGAGGAAAAUGGUCGAAUUCCAUUAUACGUCUGGCAUGAAUGAUAUCGAGCAAUUGACGUGGAAUGAUGAUAUACUUACACAAGGACUGAGACCUGAAACUAAUCGAAGGUUUGUUCAGUGCCAGCAACUUUCAAGUGACACCACAACACCGUUUCCUUUGUUUGGAGCAGGCUGCGAAGGUAAUUUUUUAGUCGAAUUGCCGAUGAGCAGAGAUGAAGUUGUGUUAUCACCACAGCAAGUUCCACGGCUAUCUCAAUCGCAUCUGCAGACUCAACCCUCUGGAACGCUGUUGAAUCAUGGACAGCAGUGGGAUAACACAAGUGCAGUAUUGUUCGCGAAAGAUUCGAUCAAUUUAAUACCGAAAUCACAAAUUAAAAAAAGCCACGGCCAGCAGCCACAACCUUAUCAUUCGACCAGACGGAACCAUCAUUGUCAUUACGUGGCAAAUCUAGUACAGAAUGCAAGCGAGUCUUAUCCUAGUGAAUUUGCUUUAAACGAAAUCAUGAAACAAUUCCAUUCGAGUGUGCGACCUGAAAUUGGGAUUUCUCCAGCUACUGGUACUUCUUAUGUUGGAAAUGCUGCUACACAAAGAAAUGAGCUCAUAUCUAAUCUCGUCACGACUAAAACUCAAGUUCAUCCUCCGACAGAAACACACGUGUAUAAUCCACACGUGCCGCUAUCAUCCACUAGAACCAUUAUAGUUCCAGGAAUUUCGCUAGCAUCGGAGCCAACUCGCCAUGUUACUAUUCAAGACCUCCUGAAUGGGGACGAUAAAUCUGUCAAGGUAGACAUGGCGAAAAGUCGAAAAAGGGGAGGCAAACAGAAACGAGAUUUUGAUAAUCGUAGAAUGCUGUUGAAGAAAAUGCCAUUCAUAUACCAGAAAAGACCUCAGCAACAAUCUGAGCGAUCCCAUCACCCUUCAACUGCUAAGCAUUUCGUUGAAAACACCAAAUUGAGAGAGGGUUCUACAUUGCUUUCUCAAGGUGCUUCAGCGCUAAAUACAAAGCAACUUACUCCUCCGUAUCAAGUGUAUAAGAAGUCUCGAGCUGCCCAAAUGGAGGAAGAGACGAAUGACCUCUCAAUUUUAAAGCCAAAUCCAUUGCAAUCGCAGUCAACAAGAGAGCCGGACCGAACAACAAAUGCUGCUAUUCCUGACACAUCAAAAUGCUCCAAAAAUCAAAGGAUGGGUGCAUCGGUACGAUCAUCCACGACGCGUCAGGCGGAUAAUCGGCUAGUCUUAGGCACUAGUGCACUGCAGGUUAUAGCUAAGCGUGAAGAGGCACGAGGUAAAAUUGCACCUGCAUGCUCUCAGCCAACUGCUAUUAAAUCUCACAUUGUCGGUCAGUGCCAGAGAUAUGCUGAGAAAAGGUUUGGUAAAGUGACUGGUGCGACAUUGAAAAGGCAACAACACCGCUUGGAACGUUCACAACAAAUCUUUAGCGGCAAUGGCGGCGCUCCAUCAAAGAAAAGACGCAGAGCAAAGUUGCCUACCGCACAAUAUCGGGGAAUGACAUCAGAAAUUCCUAAGCAAGAAUCUUGUGAUGCAGCACCGUCGUAUAAAAAUCUUCAGUUGAUCCCCGAAUUACGAAGAGAUACCACAUUGACGGCAAAUCAUGGUUCUCCUGCACCUGAUCCUUCUUGCGUGGAGAAUAGAACGGUAGUGAUAUUUUGCAAGCGGGAUUUUAUGCGUUAUCAAGCGGCAAAAAUUUGGCGCAAGUAUCAAGAACAGCUUCACAAACAAGAAGAAUGGCGUGAAGUUCGCAUAGCUGGCAAACGUACGCGGUAUCUCAAUUCUCGCUAUGAUGAUCUUCAGAGGACGCAUCAAAGAAAGUACACGCGAUCCGGCAAACCGCAUCGGAAUUCUAAACGGGAAGUUGUGCAAGCACUUCGUCGGGCGUUUUCAGCAGAAUCAGCAGAUUUGACCACGGCAGAUAUCCCCGUAUCUUUUUAA